AUGAGGAACUUCACCUUGAUAACAACUUUACUUCUCUGCAGCCUCAGCUGGAUCUCUGUCUCAGCUUCUGAGUCUCACACUGUGGAGGUCCAGUCUGGUGGAGACGUCUCUCUGAUGUGCUCCAACAUUUCCAGCACUCAAACUACAACAGAAUGGUUCAGAGUGAUCAACAGAACCAAGCCCAGCUGUGUCUCCUCCAUGAACCCAUAUGAUAGCAAUGCUUCGUUCUGUGGUGGAUUUCAAAAUCGAUUUGAGAUGAGCUCCAACAUCUCUAUGGUCUUUCUUAAAAUCAAGAGAGUGGAUUUAUCUGACUCUGGACUGUAUUUCUGUGGAAUUUACAUAGGCAGACAUACAGUCAUUGUCAAUGCAACAUAUCUAAAAGUUCAAGAGGAGUCCGAUGGAAUGACAAACCUCAUGAGUGUGUUCCUGGGUUUUCUGACUGUUCUGACCGUUUUCCUCACUAUAGUCAUCAUUUUUCUGGCUGUUAAAAUCACGAAACUUCAGACAGCUGUGAAUGAAGAACUGCAGCCAGAAAGAAACAAGGUGAACCCAGCAUUAACUUAUAUAAAAAGUGAUCUGGGCUCCGAUGACCUGAACUAUGCAGCUCUAAAUUUCCAGGCGAAACCCAAAAGAAGCCGCAGGCCUGCAUCAGAGAGAGAGCUGGAGCCACAUGUUGUGUAUGCUGCCACCAGAUAGA